AGAAAAUAAUAGUUAUAAACAUGGCUCAUUGCUUAUCAAGAUUUCCAAUUUCUCAACCUAUUUUAUUUUCAAACAAUCCAAAAUAUUCCAACUCCUCUCUUCCAAUUUCUAGUAGAAAAUAUCAAGGUAAUUAUAAGAAAUUGAAGGUCAUGGUUGUUGAUGAAAGACAUAAUCUUGAUCACUUACAAAGACAAAACAAGACUCCUCAACCUAGAAAAAGAACACCCCAAAUGGCCCCUGUUGGGUUAUGGGAUAGGUUUCCAACAGCAAGGACAGUCCAACAAAUGAUGGACACAAUGGACAGAGUCAUAGAGGAUCCUCUUGCUUUUAAUGGAGGUUGGGUUGUAGGGCCAUCGACCGAUGAUAUCGGGUACAGAAGGGGAAGGACACCAUGGGAGAUCAAAGAAAAUGAAGGAGAAUACAAAAUGAGGUUUGACAUGCCAGGAAUGACCAAAGAAGAUGUUAAAGUUUGGUUAGAAGAGAAAAUGUUGGUUGUAAAAGGUGAAAAAAUGGUGAAGAAUAAUGAAAAAGAGGAAGAGUGGUCAGCUAAGAGCUAUGGAAAAUAUAAUACAAGAAUUGCUUUGCCUGAAAAUAUUGACUUUGAAAAGAUUAAGGCUGAGGUUAAAGAUGGUGUAUUGUAUAUUACUAUACCUAAGGCUAGUAGCAAUCCCAAAGUGUUUGACAUUAAUGUUCAAUGAACAAUUUUGAUGUAUAUUGGUUGCUCCCAAGUUCAAUUUUCUUCAAGGUAAAAUUAAAUUUCUUCUUCUAA